CCAGCAUUGCUGGCAGCUCUUGGUUGCAGGCAGCAUCAGCUGCAUUCUUCUCCUCUCCUAAAUCUCCUCGCAUCCAUUAGUCUGACCACACUUUGGGCUGAAGGACCGAGAACUGCACUUUGUAGCUCGUAGCUCCCUUGAAUUUCAUAUUCGACCCAGACACUAGAUCAACCUGCAAUCAUGGAGGCCAUCAAGAAGAAGAUGCAGAUGCUCAAACUGGACAAGGAGAACGCCAUCGACCGGGCAGAGCAGGCCGAGACCGAACAGAAAGCUGCAGAGGAGAAAUGCAAGCAGCUGGAUGAUGAGCUGGUCGGCUUGCAGAAAAAGCUCAAACAAACUGAAGAUGAACUGGACAAGUACUCGGAGGCCCUGAAGGACGCCCAGGAGAAACUCGAACUGUCUGAGAAAAAAGCUGCUGACGCUGAGGGUGAUGUGGCGGGCCUGAACCGCAGAAUUCAGCUGGUGGAGGAGGAACUGGAUCGGGCUCAGGAGAGGCUGGGAACUGCACUGCAGAAACUGGAAGAGGCGGAGAAAGCAGCAGACGAAAGCGAGAGGGGCAUGAAGGUCAUUGAGAACCGCGCCAUGAAGGACGAAGAGAAGAUGGAGAUCCAGGAGAUGCAGCUGAAAGAGGCUAAACACAUCGCAGAGGAGGCCGACCGCAAAUACGAAGAGGUGGCCCGUAAACUGGUGAUUCUCGAGGGCGAGCUGGAGCGAGCCGAGGAGAGAGCCGAAGUCGCUGAAUGCAAAGCUAGUGAUUUGGAGGAGGAAUUGAAAAACGUUACCAACAACCUUAAAUCCCUAGAGGCUCAGGCAGAGAAAUACUCAGAAAAAGAAGACAAGUAUGAAGAGGAAAUCAAAGUUCUUAGUGACAAGCUGAAGGAGGCCGAGACCCGUGCUGAGUUUGCCGAGAGGUCAGUGACCAAACUGGAGAAAUCUAUCGAUGACCUGGAAGAAAAAUUAUCUACUGCAAAAGAAGAAAACCUCGGAAUGCAUCAAGUGCUGGAUCAGACACUUCAGGAGCUGAACAGCUUAUAAGAGAGACGAUGAGAGAGAACGACGUCCAUUUUUACAACAUUCCACAAAUACUCUGCUUAAUUCCAACUCGCUAGCUAUUGAGCCCUAUUUUUUCACCGAAAAAAAUAAUAAUUUAAAUUUUGGUCUGAGGUAUUUCUUUUUUCGCUAGUAGGCCUAUCCAAGAUGACUCGACAUCGCUGCUUUCAAAAAUUAGCCAAACAACCUGAGGUGCUAAUUCCCCCACUGAAACAACGUUAUUACCUUAUGACAUACCACAUGAAAAGUGAAUAUGCUAAUGUGCUCAGCAGAAAUUCACUUGAAGUUUUGAUAUUAAUGUAAAUGAAGACGUUGAUGAGGGCGUUUUCAAUGCAGUGUUUCUCAUAAGUACAUCAUGCGCUCCACCUACUGGCCACAGGAUGCACUGCAGUACAUUACUCCAUUGAUAAUGCGAUGGUGUUUUACCAUGGUCAAAGUGCCUGGGUAUUUUUGUGAAACCACCACGAAUGGGACCAAACAAAGACCAAAGAAAUAUGAGCUCUUCCCUAGAAAUUUCUGUGAAUUCUGUUGUCGCUUUUUUUUCCUGUCAAAUGACUAUUUCAAAAUGCCUCAAACGCUUCCUUUCCAUUUUCUGUGUAAUAAAUUUUUAUAAAAAGUC